UCCUCUCCAUUGUCUCACUCAGUUGUAUCGUCUCUCUCGCUCCCGGUCUAGUUCGCUGGGUUGUGUUGGAAAAUUUGCAGCUCGAUGAGUUGGUUCUGCGGUAACCUUCCUAGAGACACCCGUUCCUGACUCUGCUGCUCGGAUUUUGAAUGCCAGAUGCAGCAGGAUUAGCAGAAGCGCCAUCCUGGAAUUAUCCCGGGAAGGGGGAGGGGGCGCGCAACACGCCUUGUGGAAGCGAGACGCGCUGGCCAAACAAUAUCGCCCCGAAAACUGCUGCAUCAGAGCAGGAAAUUGCUGUGCAAACACCAGGCUCAAUCUGCUUCCUCUGCAUGGGCAUCCAACGUGUUCCUGGAAGACAUAUGCUGCCCAGCCACCUGGUUGUCCACUUUCACCUUCAUAAAACACUAUGCUGUAGAUGUUGACUUCAGAAGAGAAGCAGCAGUCGGGAGAGCAGUCCUACAGGCCUCAGACCUUCCACCAAGAAUUCAUUCACUACAUAGUAGCUGUGAUCGGAUCUUCCAGCAAAAAAAAAGGUGGCGGGUGACACAGCAUGCCUUUGUUCCUAACUCUUGAACCAAGCAUCAAAUAGUCACUGGUUUCAGCAUUUGCUUUUCAAGAGAUGUCUGCAACCCGAGGCAAUGGAGAGCACUGGAAGUCCUUGGAAUCUGUGGGAAUCAGCCGUAAGGAGCUGGCUCUUGCGGAAGCCCUGCAGAUGGAGUAUGAUGCCCUGUCCCGCCUGAGGCAGGAUAAAGAGGAGAGCCAGGCUAAACAGAAUAAUGACCAACCUCUCAUUUCCUGGGAUGAUCCAAUUCUGGAUUACAACAAACCUGCUGUCAAAAAUGACUGCCAUAGUAUCAAGGUCAUGCGAGGCCUUUCUGGCUCAGACUCCACCCUUAAUUACAAUGCCCUCUCCGACCAGGAGGUUUCAAGAGCUUUUGGGACCAACAACACUACCUCAUCAAGUCUGCUGCCUGAGCCAGAGAAUCAGCCUUGGUUGAAGGGACCUCUCUCCAGUGACUACUUGUAUAUCUUUGACAGCUCAGAAAGAGAGUUCCUCACUGAGCCCAACAGGACAUCUCAACACAAUAGUGGUAGCAGCAGUUCCCCCAAGAAGCUUUCUCCUCCCCCAUUGCCUCCUCGCAUUGCUAUUUGGAAUGCAUCUGAAGUGAAUCAAGCUUCCCUCAAAGAGUCCCAGCCCAAUGAUAUCAACAUGUUUUCCUCAGCUCAUGAGAGAGCUGAUGGGAAAUUUCUAGAUCGUAGAAUCUCAGAGGAAGACCCGUAUAGCACUGUGGACUAUGAUGGCAUCAAUGAUGCUAUCACAAGACUAAAUCUCAAGUCUACUUAUGAUGCUGACCUUCUAAGAGAAGCCACAUGGAGUUGGAAGGGAGGUCGGAAUAUAUUUGAGAAAGAAAGCAGUGGAAAGCCAGUUGCUCGCAGCAAGACCAUGCCUCCCCAGGUACCUCCCAGAACCUAUGUCUCCAGGUUUGGAGAACGGAAGAAUGUAGCAUCUAACAAGAACUGGAGGAUCUCUGCAGAUCCGUGCCAGGGCACUUCUCGGCAUCAUCCUGUGGCCAGUGGCUAUGAGCUGUUUGAGGUCUCUGAGGAGAAGGAUGAAGAGGUUGCUGCUUUCUGUCAUAUGUUGGAUGUAUUGAGAUCUGGCUACAGUACCAAGGACUACUCCCUUACUGGUUAUGUCUGGAGCACUGUCAACCUCAGUCCUGAACACCUUGGCCAUGGGGUCAGCUUGAAAGUGACUGUGGUUUAUGACAGCCUGCAGGAGCCUCUCACCUUCACCUGUGACUGUUCUUCCACAGUGGACUUGCUCAUUUAUCAGACAUUGUGCUACACGCAUGACGACUUGCGUGACAUUGAUGUGGAUGAUUUUGUACUCAAACUGUGUGGCCUGGAGGAAUUUCUGCAAAACAAACACCCACUAGGAAGCCAUGAAUAUAUCCAGCACUGCAGGAAGUUUGACAUCGACAUCCGGCUGCAGCUGCUGAAGAGGAAGGCUGUGCGCUGUGACUUGGCUCGGACACCAAACGAUGACCAGAGUCCUUCCACACUCAACCACUAUGUUCACCUCCAGGAGAGGCCGAUCAAGCAGACCAUCAGCAGGCAGGCCCUGAGCCUUCUCUUUGAUACCUUCCAUAAUGAGGUGGAUGCUUUCCUAGCCGCUGAGGGAGACUUCCAGCUGAAGGCCGAGCGAGUGAUCCAGUCUGUCAUGGCCAUUUGCAAUGCUCUUGCUGCUGUAGAGUCUCAGGAGAUUACAGGCGCCCUGAAUCAGCUGCCACCCUGUCCAUCUCGCAUGCAGCCCAAGAUCCAGAAGGAUCCAAAUGUUCUGGCCUUGAGGGAAAAUAGAGAGAAGGUUGUGGAGGCUCUAACAGCCUCCAUCUUGGAUUUGGUGGAGCUCUAUUGCAACACAUUUAAUGCGGACUUCCAGACUGUGAUACAUGGGAACAGAAAGCAUUACCUUAGCCAAGAGGUCCGGCUACUGACUUGCCCCCUCUCCUUCACAGUCUAUGCCACUCAUCGCAUACCCAUCACCUGGGCUGCAAGUUAUGAAGAUUUCUACCUCUCCUGCUCCCUCAGCCAUGGUGGCAAGGAACUGUGCAGCCCCCUGCAAACCAGAAAAGCUCAUGUAUACAAGUACCUCUUCCAUCUUAUCAUCUGGGACCAGCAGAUCUGCUUCCCAAUUCAAGUGAACCGUCUGCCACGGGAGUCUCUUUUGACAGCCACUCUCUAUGCUGUUCCAAUUCCACCUCCUGGGAGCUCUUCAGAGACAAAUAAGCAGCGCCGGAAUCCAGAGGCCUUGGGCUGGGUUACCACCCCUCUCUUCAACUUUAGGCAAGUUCUGACUUGUGGGCGAAAACUCCUGGGCUUGUGGCCAGCAACUCAAGACCCCUCUAGUGCCAGAUCAAGUGUUCCCAACUUUAACCAACCUGACAGCGUAAUUCUGCAGAUUGAUUUUCCGAGCUCAGCCUUCGAAGUUAAGUUUACUAGCCCACCUGCUGCAGACUUCAGUCCAAAGUACAACUUCCACAGCCUCAUUGAGGAAGAUCAGUGGAAGCUGAAGGAGGUGAUGCAGAAGGAAUCACUGUAUUGGCUAACAGAUGCUGACCGGAAGCAGCUAUGGGAAAAGCGUUAUUACUGCCAUUCUGAAGUCAGCUCCUUGCCUCUGCUGCUUGCUAGUGCUCCGAGUUGGGAGUGGGCAUGCUUGCCAGACAUCUAUGUCCUGCUAAAGCAAUGGACGCACAUGAACCAUCAGGAUGCCCUUGGACUCUUACACGCAGCGUUCCCAGAUCAGGAAGUGAGGAGGACAGCUGUGCGAUGGAUCGAUUCCAUAUCUGAUGCUGAGCUACUUGAUUACCUUCCCCAAUUGGUACAGGCUCUCAAAUAUGAAUGUUACCUGGACAGUCCUCUGGUGCGGUUUCUAAUGAAGCGAGCCAUCUGUGACCUGAGGAUUACCCACUAUUUCUUCUGGCUGCUGAAGGAUGGACUCAAAGAUUCUCAGUUCAGCAUCCGUUACCAGUACCUGCUGGCAGCUCUGCUGUGUUGCUGUGGGAAGGGCUUGAGGGAGGAAUUUGACCGCCAGUGUUGGCUUGUUAAUACCCUGGCUAAGCUGGCCCAGCAGGUUCGUGAGGCUGCUCCAUCAUCACGACAGGCCAUCCUCCGAGACGGACUGGAAGAUGUAAAGCAGUUCUUCAAUGUCAAUGGCUCUUGCCGCUUACCUCUCAGCCCAAGCCUGCUUGUGAAGGGAAUUGUGCCCAAGGAUUGCUCCUAUUUUAACUCCAAUGCUGUCCCUCUGAAACUCUCCUUCCAGAAUGUUGACCCUCUGGGAGAGAAUAUCCGUGUUAUUUUUAAGUGUGGUGAUGAUCUCCGGCAGGACAUGUUAACAUUGCAGAUGAUUCGCAUAAUGAACAAAAUUUGGGUGCAGGAAGGUUUGGACAUGCGCAUGGUCAUAUUCCGCUGCUUUUCAACAGGCCGUGGUCGUGGGAUGGUGGAGAUGAUCCCUAAUGCAGAAACUCUGCGAAAGAUCCAGGUGGAGCACGGGGUGACAGGCUCUUUCAAGGAUCGUCCCCUUGCAGACUGGCUACAGAAGCACAACCCCAAGGAAGAUGAAUAUGAAAAGGCGGUGGAGAACUUCAUCUACUCAUGCGCUGGCUGCUGUGUAGCCACUUAUGUACUGGGAAUCUGUGACCGGCACAAUGACAACAUCAUGCUCAAGACCACUGGCCAUAUGUUUCACAUUGACUUUGGCAGGUUUCUGGGCCAUGCCCAAAUGUUUGGCAACAUCAAGAGAGACCGAGCUCCAUUUGUCUUUACAUCUGAUAUGGCAUAUGUCAUCAAUGGUGGGGACAAGCCUUCCAGCCGUUUCCAUGACUUUGUUGAUCUCUGCUGCCAGGCCUACAACCUGAUCCGCAAGCACACCCAUCUCUUCCUCAACCUGUUGGGCCUGAUGUUAUCCUGUGGGAUUCCUGAGCUGUCUGACCUUGAGGACCUCAAGUAUGUCUAUGAUGCACUGAGACCUCAGGACUCUGAGGCAGAUGCCACCACCUAUUUCACCAGGUUGAUAGAGUCCAGUCUGGGCAGUGUAGCCACAAAGCUCAACUUCUUCAUUCACAAUCUGGCACAGAUGAAAUUCACAGCUUCAGAUUCUCAGCCAACGCUUUCCUUUGCUCCCCGUGUGCACACUAUCAAGACCUCUAGCCGGAUCGUUGAUGUCUUCUUAUGGCGGCAUGAAAAAGUCUUCAAUCCCAGCAAGGGCUAUAUAUACAUUGUGAAAGUGAAACGGGAGAACCCUUCUGAGAUCACCUACAUCCAGCGCACUUUUGAGGAGUUCCAGGAGUUGCACAACAAGCUACGCCUCAUUGUUCCUUCCUCUCUUCUACCCAGCUUCCCCAGCAGGUUUGUGAUUGGACGCUCACGAGGGGAGGCAGUGGCAGAAAAGAGGAAAGAGGAACUGAAUGGCUACAUCUGGAAUCUACUCCAUGCUGCCCCUGAAGUAGCCGAGUCUGAUCUGCUGUAUACAUUUCUCCAUCCCCUUCCAAGGGAUGAAGUGGCUGCAGGCACCAACCCAGCUCCAAAACCUGCAGAUGCUACAUGGUCUCAACCUGUUGGGAAAAUGGGUGGAGAGGUGAAGCUGUCAAUCUCCUACAAGAACAACAAGCUCUUUAUCAUGGUGAUGCACAUCCGAGGUCUGCAGCCUCUUCAGGAUGGCAGUGACCCUGACCCUUAUGUUAAGAUCUACCUUCUGCCUGAUCCUCAGAAAACCACCAAGAGGAAAACUAAAGUUGCUCGAAAAACUUGCAACCCAACUUACAAUGAAAUGCUUAUCUAUGAUGGGAUUCCAAAAGGAGACCUCCACCAGCGGGAGCUGCGUCUCAGUGUCCUGAGUGAAGAGGGCUUUUGGGAGAACAUCCUCCUUGGGGAGGUCAUUAUCAGACUACGGGACCUGGAUCUGACACGAGAGAAGAUGGGCUGGUUUGAAUUGGGCUCUAGGAGCCACGGGACCAUGUGAGAAGCAGUGAGGCGGCAACAGUCCAUUUGGGACCAUUCUGGCCCCACAGGAGUCCCUGGGAAUCAGUGCAUGUUCCAGGAGUUGUAUCCUGGUAUAUCUGAAAGGAUUUAGUUUCCUGCAAAUAAGAAGGAUGGAUAUAUAUAGUGUCUUCGCAAAUGAAGGGUUAAUUUCCUGUGGAGAGUGAGCAUUUGGGGUUGAGCCAUGAUGGGAAAUCCUAUUAUGACUUGAAAUGGCUGCCAUAGACUUGUUUUAUACAUUUACCUUGUGUCAAGGGAGCAAUGACUUAUAGGGAGGGAGGGGUAAAAUAUUAGUGGAUCUUUUGGGGGGGGGAUAUUUUAAUUUUUUAAAGAAAUUAAAAAAAUUGAGUCCAAAAAAGGAUCUUGCAGGGUGGGGGCUAUAUUGUGAAUGAAGUUCUUAUUUGACUUUCUCGAAGAUAUUUGUUUGUUUUUUUAAUUUUUUAAAGGGAUGCGUGCAUAAGAACUUGGGUAGAGGCAUAUGGGUGGGGGGAGGUAUGGGUGGGUAUGAAUGGGUAUGGGUGGGUAUGAAUGGUAUGUUAAGCCCUUAUCUCUGGGAUAGGAGCUGGUGUGCUCCAACUUAAGCCAUCUUGGAGAAUUUGCUUCCAAAGGAGAGCUGUGUAAUUUGUAAAAGUGUAGAACUUACAAUUCCUGAUUUUCUGCUAGGAGAUGUAACCCAGGAACCACACUGUCUUGGACUAACAUCUGCACUUGUCUCAUGGAGGCAGAAGGCAUCCAUAUUAAUCUUGAUUCCAAACAUUUACCAGCAAAGGCCUUGAUCCAAGCAAGCAUCUGGCAGCUACGUUACUUCCACAUUUCUUGCUUGCUGAACUGAAGCAUUUCUCACAUUGCUGUUUUUCCCAGUCAGUUAGAAAAACUAGAUCUGCUUGAGAUGAGUUGCACUAAGUCUUGGAAGGAGAUAGAUUGCACGGGUGUAAGCAGAAGACACGCAUCUUUUCCUUCCUAAACACUUAAUUAGCAAAAGCACUGUUGAUGGAAGAUGGUCUCCUGUGUUGUACGCUACCUAAUGCCAUUGGCUAAAUGCAGAUUACACUAGUUUUAAAUCCUUUAUAGAUGAGCCUUUUAUUAAUACCACAGGCUCUUCUUCCAAGAUGGUGGACUAGAGGCAGGAGGCAAAAGACAAACCUGUGGGUUUAGUUAAAAGGUUGCCAGGCACUUGUCACUAAACACCAAUGAUUUCAUAAGCCUUUAUAUACACCCAUAGAAUUGCAAGAGCUCCUGUAGAACAGAGGGCCCUCUGGUAUUCUUUCUCUUUCUUUUGAGAGGAGAAACUUUGUAGAAAACAAAUUGACUUUUUUCCCAAUUGGGUUGGGAAACAAAAGCUUUUAAGCCUAUUCUCUUUUAUAAUUAUAUAAAGACCAGUAGUGAUGUCUGUUUGCCUCCUUGUGUGAAAGAGAUGGUAAUUCAAAACAGGAGGGAAGGGUCUUUGCACAUGCCAAGCAGAAGCUUUGGACCUAGCUCAUUGCUUAAAAUCCUGCAUUUUCUUCUCCUUGAUGAGCUGUUCACAGUAAGAAGUUAAAAGUAGUCCCCUGUGCAAGCACCAGGUCAUUACAGACCCAUGGGGUGACCUCGCCUCACAACUUUUACUAGGCAGACUGUUUAUGGAGUGGUUUACCAUUGCCUUCCCCAGUCAUCUACACUUUACCCCAGCAAGCAGGAACACAUUAACUCAAUGGGAUGUUUCUCAGGAUUGAGAGUAUGAUGGUGUAAAGAUUUUUAAAUGUUGUAUUUAACUGGUGUUUUGGAAAUAAGCUGGGUUUAGGGAAAGGACUUCCCAGAUUGAGGCUUAUCUGAAGGUGCCAUUUUACUGAUCUUUACAUUGCUGCAGGGAGACUUCAGAAGGCCACAUGUGAGGGCAUUGGCCUUGUUCAUUGAUUCUGUCCUGUGGGAAGGGAUAUAAAGGAAAGGACCUUACAGGUGUAUGCUUCUUUCUCAAUUGUAAAAUGGUGGCAUUAAUUAAAAAUAAAAAGAUUGGAAUUAAUUAAAAA